GAUUGCAUUGGCGAGAGAGAGAGAGACACACACACAGAUAUAAUAGGGCAUGUGAAUUAGCCUAAGUGAAUGCAGCAUCACUGAGAGGCACAGAGUGAAAGUGAGAUAGUGAAUGACAGUGAGGGACUGAAGGAAUACGCAUGUGUGUUCGGAGCAAACAGGAAGGGAGCAGAGGAGAAACACGGCUGCUACACUGACUUCAGGCAAUAUCAGGGCUGAAUACUUACAUCACGCCUCGAGGUCUGCCUCUCUAACCACACACACACACACACAUACAAACAGGCACCAUAAGCAGCUGCAGAUACACAGGAGGACACCGAGAGGCUCUUAGGGAGACUCAGUGGACCUAUGGUCAUGGCAGACAUAGAAGUUCUCAGCGAGGCCCUGAAGGCCAUCAGUAUUAGCACUGAGCUGGUGGAGGAGGAGUUGAAGCCCCAUCUGGAUGUUCUGCUGAACCUCCUAUUAGAGAAGAAGAAAGGAACAGCAGAGAAAAUAGCUUCCAGUGGUGUUCUGCCCAUACUGGCUCAAGUCCUGAGGAAGAAGAGUCCCCUCACUUCUCAGGUUACCCUGCUGAUAGCAGAGAUGGCCAGGGAAGCUGCUGUAAGAGAGUGCUGUAUUGAAGCAGGCCUGGUGACUGUGUUAAUGCCUUUACUAAAGAGCUCAAACCAGGACCAGUUGCUGCACACGGGCCGAGCAAUUGGACGUAUCUGCUUUGAAAAUGCUGUUCAGCAGACACAGCUGGUGGAGAAUGGAGUCAUCCCCAGGCUGGUGACCAUAAUGCAGCAGUAUCCUGAGAAUGACCCGCUGGUAAACGUCUGUCUGCUGGCACUCUGCAACCUUGCUGAUGUGGAUGCUGCACGAGAGGCCCUGGCCGAAGUGGGUGUGGCGGAGGUUUUGACCUAUCAGCUGAAGCGGGCACCAGACGCAGAACGUCGACACCUCAUACUGGAGGUUCUUGGAUCACUUGGAGAGAGUGAUGGUCUAAAACUGCAGUUUGUGGAGGCGGGCGUGCCUGAGGCUCUCUCUGAAAUGAUUCGAACUCUUCAGGGUGGCUCUGACACACAUGACCUCUGCAGCAUCAAAGUGGCCUCAAACCUUAUAGUGUCCCUCCUACUGGGAGAUGAAUCAAUGCAGAAGUGUUUUGGAGAAGGUACAGGGACAGUGUAUCAGGAUGUUCUCUCCUGGCUGCAGUCAUCAAACACUGAGCUGCAGUUGUCAGGAGCCCUGGCCAUUGCUAAUUUUGCCAGAAAUGAUAGCAACUGUGUGAAGAUGUUAGAAUUGGGGGUUGUUCCACGUAUUCUGGACCUGUUGGAGCAGCAUGUAAUAGAGGGAGAUGUAUCUGUACAGCAUGCUGGCCUCAGUGCACUUAGAAACCUUGCCAUUCCAGCCUCAAAUAAGGUGCGUAUGUUGGAGGAUGGGGUCGCCGAGAGGAUCAGGACACUUCUGCGCUCUGACAUGCCCCCCGUCCAGUUCAAACUGCUUGGGACUUUGCGCAUGAUGGUUGACGGACAAGAGGAAGCGUCUUCAGUGUUAGGGAAGGAUGAGAUUCUGUUAGCACGGGUAAUGGAGUGGUGUGAGGCUAAAGAUCAUGCUGGUGUCAGGGGCGAGGCCAACCGCCUUUUAGCAGCUCUCAUAAGACACAGCCGAAACCCUGAAGUCAUCCAAACUGUCAUUAAAGCAGAUGGAGUCCAACAUCUUAUUUCAAUGGCAACUAGUGAGCACGUCAUCAUGCAGAAUGAGGCUUUAGUUGCUUUGGCCAUUGCCUCUGCAAUAGACAUUGAGGCAGUCCAGGAACCAUUUCGAGAUGCAGAUCUUCUGCCCACCUUGCAAAAAAUUCUAGAUGACCCAGUUGUGGCUGUGGAAGUCAAAUUCAGCGCUUUAGGCCUCAUCUGCAGCCUUGCCAAUUCCAGCAUGUUACGGGAACAGAUAACAUCUCUAAACCUAAGGGACACCCUGUCUAAACUGUCUACUCACACCAGCACAAAGCUAGCUAAACAGGCGGACACCGUGAUGGCUGUUCUUUUGGAGACUAGCUUGACUUAACAAAUUAUUACACAUCAUAACCAUAGCACUACCACAACAGACUUAUGCCACAGUCAUACUACUGACACACAUGCACAUUCAGUAUCCUUUUAGGGAUGAUUUCUGAUAUUUAUCCCUACAAGGAGAGCGAAACACACACACACACACACACACACACACACACACACGUUUACUUUGAAUGAGUACAUAAAUUAAAUGAGUACAUACCAGAGACUUCUAGUGUUUUUAUUAAAGCUAGUUAUAAAUACUACAGACUAACCCUAAUAACAUAAUAUA